UUGUUGUCGUUUGUUUUGUUCCCGCUCUAUCGCUAUCUUCGCCCCAAGUUUUCGCUCUGUUAGUAUGGCUAAAAGUAUAGUGGUAUAGUAUAGUAAAGCCCACUACCACCACUCGUACGUUUAUAUUCGUAUUCAGCUUUUGAUGGUAAUUUGCCAGGCGGGCAGGGAAAACCUCAGUGAGAGUGCUUUUACAGCCAGUGUCGUCGCAGCCGGAGCUUAUAACGAGCGUAGUUCUUGCGCAGAGUUUAUUGCCGACAGUUGGCGCGAUCUUGUUUGCCGUCGCUUCGUCCAUAUCUCGUCCGUAUCGUCAUGUCGUAUCGUAUACACCAGCGAGCCCCCAAAGGGUGUUUAUAUGUUCCAGCGACGGCACAAACGUCGGGGUGUGUGCUCUUCCUAAAUAUCCGGCAUUCAGGCAAUUAAUUUAGGAUAUUAUCAAAAAGGAAAUAAUAUAUAAUACACAAAUAUGUAACAUUCUGCUGUUAUAAAGAAAAGCAAAUAUUGUGUUACAAAGCCUAAAUCCCGCAUUCAGGCAAUUAAUUUAGGCUAAUAAUAUAAAAAAAAUUAAUGACUACAAGAAAAAUUUAUGCAUUACACAAAUAUGUAAUGUAAUUGAUUUUGUAUAGCAAACAUAGUGUUAUAACGCCCAAGCAAUCCCAAAAAUUCUACGGCAUACAAAAUUUAGGAUAUUAUAAAAACAAAUAACAGUAUUACGUGUUUAAAAAAAGCGUGUGUCAAGCAACCCAAUAUAGCCUCCACAAAUUUUUAACUCUGUGAGACGAACAUUGUGUAAUAAUGCCCAGGCCCUUGCAAAAAUCUUAUGGCAAACAAACAACUCGCAUCAAUACCUACAAAAAUCAAUUGUAAUAUGUAACACUGUGAUGUGUUGAAAUAAAACCAAACACUACACUGUGUAAUAAUGCCCAGGCCCUCGCGAGAAUCGUACGGCGAACAGAAGCCCCCCUAUUCGUACAUUUCGCUGACGGCCAUGGCCAUCUGGAGUUCCCCGGAGAAAAUGCUGCCGCUGAGCGAUAUAUACAAGUUUAUUACGGACCGAUUUCCGUACUACCGCAAGAACACCCAGCGCUGGCAGAACUCGCUAAGGCACAACCUGAGCUUCAAUGACUGCUUCAUCAAGGUGCCCCGACGGCCGGAUCGACCCGGAAAAGGAGCCUACUGGGCCUUGCAUCCGCAGGCUUUUGACAUGUUCGAGAACGGCAGUCUGUUGCGGCGGAGAAAACGCUUCAAGCUGCACAAGAACGACAAAGAUCUGUUGAACGAAGAGCUCACUGCCCUGGCCAAUCUCAAUAGGUUCUUUUUCACCACCCGGAACGGAGGCAGUGCCUCGCAUAUGUCGCCGCUGGACAUGAACAACCCGUCGAUGAGGCUGGAUCCUCUGCCCAGGAGCACAAAUCAUAUGCCGAACUCAAUAGGUCUGCCGCAUGCCAUGCCAAGCUCCAUGGAUCACACGAAUCUCUCGGACAUGGGUCUGUCCAAUCUACCCGCCCUGACCACCAGUUCCGACAUCGAGGGUCCGUUGAGCCUGCGGCCGAAGAGAUCCUUCACGAUAGAGAGUCUGAUCACGCCCGACAAGCCGGAUGUUCAGCCGUCGGAGGACGACGACGACGACGAGGAUGACCGCGUGGACAUCGAUGUGGUGGAGUGCAGCGGCAUCAGCCGAUAUCCCGCCUCCGAGGAGUACGCCUUGUCCGCCAGUCGAUCGAGCCGAACGGAGGAUCCGCUGCCGCCGAUGCACACAAUAAAUGCCGGAGCCCACGGCGUACCUUUCCUGCACUACGCUGCGGGAGGAACUGGACUGCAGGCCGCGGGGAUUCACAACAGCAGCCCCACCACCUACGAACUGGCCAUUUCACAUCCGCUCUUCAUGAUGGCGGCGCCCAUUGCCAAUAUGCACAACAUUUACUACAACAAUGUAACCCUUGUCGCCCCGGCGCAGCAAUAUCGGACACCCGAGGUCCCCAAUAGAAUAGACAACGACAUGCGUACGAUAUAGAGAUAAGGCAACACUAUAUGUACUAUAUAGCAUUAUUUAUGAACGAUAUAUAUACAUAUGUACUAUAUAUCCAUCCAAACGUAGUUCCUUUUGUAUUAAGGUUAAUUGUAAUAGGACCAAAACAUAUGGUAUACUUCAUUCUUAGGCGUAGAGAAGGCAUGUAAAUAAAACGCUUGUUAUACAAAUUUUAAUAGCUUGUAUUGCCUAUCCGUACUAGUAAAUUAUUUAUUUUAUUUGUAUCAAACCUAGUGCAUAAAUCGAUCAUUUUGUGAAGAAUAUAAACAUUUAA